AUGAUGACCAAGGUUUCUGCUCUCGUUUCUUUUGCGGCCCUUGCCGGUGCGAAUAAGAAUCACGGCGGCGCUUGCACCAUCAAGACCAUCACGACCUCCACCGCGUAUCCUCCCACGACUACCUCUACCUCCGAUAAUUGCAGCACGCGCACCGUCUGCCUCGACUAUGUGAAUGAAUGUGGUAUAUGGUAUGGCGGAUGCGUACCUGAUUGUAAGCCUUGGCCGACCUUUUCCAAGCCUCCUUGUCCCUCGACAACGGGCAACACCAUCACGACCACCACCGCGUACCCUCCUACGACUACUUCCUCCUACGACAAUUGCAGCACGCGCACCAUCUGCCUCGACUAUGUGAAUGAAUGCGGUAUAAUGUAUGGCGGAUGUGUACCUGAUUGCAAGCCUUGGCCGACCUUCUCCAAGCCCCCGUGCCCUUCGACAACGAGCACUCCCAUCAUCAUCACGGCUACUCCUACCGCGAACACCAGCGAGGAUGACUGCCACAAGCAUACCAUUUGUAUCGAUCACGUCAAUGAGUGUGGGAUAAUGUACGGCGGAUGCGUUCCUGCUUGCAAGCCUUACCCAACCUUUUCCAAACCCCCAUGCCCGUCGACGACAACUCUUAUUACAAGCCUUACUACACCGUAUUCUGUAUCGGUUUAA